GUGGAAGUUGGAAUAUAGGAGCACAAAAGACGCAAAACCGUUCAUAUUUUUUCAGAAAUUAUCCCCUUUCCUACCCAAAUAAUUCCAUUAAAAAGAUAUGCAAAUGCAAGCUCUCCACUUACUAUCCACUUCUUCCCUUACUGCUUCUUCUUCACUGUCCACUUUUGCUUCUCUUAAUUGCUGCCGUUGUCAAUUUUCAAAUCCAUUGCCAUUUACCUGCAAGACUAAUUUGGGUUUUGUGAAAGUUAAGAGGCAAUCAAAGGUUUCUAACUUGAAGGCUGGCUUUUGGGAAUCCAUCAGAUCCGGGUUUGUUAAGAAUAACACCAUAAAGGUUAUAGAAUCACCAUCCAAUGAAGAAGAAGAGGAAGAAGAGCCUUUGCCUGAGGAAUUUGUUCUAAUUGAAAAGACUCAACCAGAUGGAACAGUUGAACAGAUUAUAUUCUCUUCUGGCGGAGAUGUUGAUGUGUAUGAUCUCCAAGCUUUAUGUGAUAAGGUUGGAUGGCCUCGAAGGCCAUUGUCUAAGCUAGCUGCUGCUCUUAAAAAUAGCUAUAUAGUUGCAACUUUGCAUUCCAGGAAGUUCUCUUCAGGAGAAGAGGCGAAUGGAGAAAAGAAGCUGAUAGGCAUGGCUCGUGCAACAUCAGAUCAUGCUUUCAAUGCAACAAUUUGGGAUGUUCUUGUUGAUCCUUCCUAUCAGGGACAAGGACUUGGAAAAGCUCUUAUUGAGAAACUGAUAAGGACCCUUCUCCAAAGAGACAUUGGAAAUAUUUCAUUGUUCGCGGAUAGUCAAGUUGUGGAAUUCUAUAAGAAUCUAGGUUUUGAACCUGAUCCAGAGGGUAUUAAGGGAAUGUUUUGGUAUCCAAUGUAUUAAACAUGUAUAGUUGGACCGACAGUUUCUGCCUCUUGCUCUGUACAAAUUCCUCAGCGUGGUGCGGGAAUGUGGCAGUUGGAUUCUGCGACAAUAUGCAGCAUUCUUCGGAAGCUUAUGAGCUUUUUGGCCAUCUUGUAAUGUACAUUAUAAUGACUAUCGAACAUUUGCGAUUGUAUCUUGAGGGUCAUGUUGUAUUCUUGUUAGAGGAUUUCGGUAUAUAUGCACAAGGACUAGGUUUCUGAUAGUUUAUUAGAUGCUGCUUUUGAUUAAAAUGUAUCCUCAUUAAUUUUUUAAUAGAUCUUGUUCCAUUAUAAUUUUCCUUGUCUACCAUA